CAGGACUCACUGACUGCCGGGGGAGGGAGGGAGGCUGCUGCACGCAGUUAAUUAGUGAGGAAGAAGAAGAAGCGGCAGGACGGGACGGGACAGCGCACCGCCCCCUCCAAACUGCUGCGGGCUCCGGCUACAACCGCAGCCAACCCUCCGGACUCCAGCUCGACAGUUUGGAGUUUUGAGGCUGCUGAAGGAAAGUUUACGCGUCACAGUCUGAUUGUAGAGAGGAUUUAACGCAGACUGGUGGAUCUUUGUUAAGUGUAGUCUAAAGUCUAUUUUGAGUAGGCUAGUGUUUUUAAGCUUUGGAGUUUCGGUUUGAAGUUUUUGGGUCACAGAAGAAAAGCAAUGCAAUCGCGUGGAUCCGUGCGGAGAAGUGUUUUUUAACUGAUCCGCGCGGUGCGCUAGUGUCAGCACCGAACCCUCCAUCACCCCAGCGGGGCAGAGGGAAAGUAAGAAACCACCUGUUGUGAAAGUUUCCUGGAGCCUCUCACGGAUAAACACGAGCUGCUAAAACAAGACACCGGACGGAGCCGAGUGGGAGACGCGCAGAGAGCGGAAUGCGGUUUUUACGCACGGAGCAGCCGCAGAUUCCGAGAAGGGGCUCCUCUCUAAUGAGUGAUAAUCUCCGCACACAUCUCUCCGGGCUCCGUGUUGUGUGUUGGCAGUGAAAAUGUUGCCAUGGUGCCCCGGGCUCAGAUGAGCUGGACCCCGGAGCUCCGGUCGGGAUGGCUCGGGAGGACGCGGUGAGGUGUCUGCGCUGUCUGCUGUUCGCGCUCAACCUGCUGUUCUGGCUGAUGUCAGCAUGUGUGCUGGGAGUGGCAGCCUGGAUCAGAGACCCCCUGAACACCGUCCUGACCCUGACAGCCCACACCAGGUUGGAGGAAGCAGCCAUCCUCACUUAUUCUCCAGCUGUUCAUCCUGUCAUCAUCACUGUGUGCUGCUUCCUCAUCAUCGUGGCCAUGGUGGGAUACUGCGGCACGCUCAGAUGUAACCUGCUGCUGCUGUCCUGGUAUUUCUGCAGCCUGCUGGUGAUCUUCUGCGUGGAGUUGGCGAGCGCUGUGUGGACCUACGACGAGCCCGCAGUGCAGCGCUCUGACAUGAUCAGCCUGAAGUCUCGGAUGCCCAACUUCGGCCUGCAGCGUUACCAGUGGCUCACACACACCUGGAACAGCUUCCAGACAGAGUUUAAAUGCUGCGGGGUGAUCUACUUCACCGAUUGGCUGGAGAUGACAGAGAUGGAGUGGCCACCUGACUCCUGCUGCUCCAAUCAGUAUCCAGGAUGUGCUCGCCACGCCCACUACCACGACCUCAGUGACCUCCACCAAGAGGGCUGCGGUCCAAAGAUCUACAGCUUCAUUCGAGGGACGAAGCAGCUGCAGGUGUUGCGUUUCCUGGGCGUGUCCAUCGGCGUGGCUCAGAUCCUGGCCAUGGCGCUCACCCUCACGCUGCUCUGGGCGCUUUAUUACGGGCGAAAGUCUCCGGAACUGGACUCUGCAACACCGCCGCCGCCAGAUGACUCCACCCCCCUCACGGUGACACAUGGACCCUCAGCUGAAGCGUCCAAGACAGGCUGCAACCGCACAGAUAGAAGCUGCACUAGCACGGCCGCCGCCGCCACCGCCGCCGCCGUCAGGCCGAGUGGACUCCAGUUUGAGAUGGAGCGUCUGUCGUAGCCUGAACUCAGCCGAGGAAUCCAAAAGAUAUUCUGGUCUUCUUCCAGUGGUUUAAUCCAUCGUUUCUGUCAGAAAUAAUAAGCUCAGACCCGUCCUCCCCAAAUCUUCACCUUCGGUUUUAUUUCACCCGGGACUGAGCGUUUGCUUCCCGACUGCUUCGUUUCCUGUCUGAUCUUCUGUCAGUGGCGUCACCUGGAGAUACAAGCUUUUUAUUUCUGACAGAAACGAUGGAACAAACUACAUAAAUGUGACGGAGUUAUGAGUCGCUGCAGAUUUGAGGAGCUGACUCUGCAGAAACCCGGUGGAUUCUGGGACUUGUUGCUUUUCACUGGACGCCGUUAUGAACCGAAGCACUAAAGGAAACGACCACAGAAACUUUGGCUUGGUCACCACUAAAGAGACACUUAACAGACAGACUGUUAAAAAAAGCUUUUCAGCCAGAGUGUCAGAACAAGACGGCGUUGUUGCUGGUGGCGGCGUGUCAGGACCCACUGGAACCUCAGCACACGUGCUCAUCAGAGCUGUACUCGUGAAAAUGUGCAUGGUGUUGAAUGAUGAAUAAUAUUUGUUAUCGAAGCGUUUGAUCGUUUUCCCACUGGAAUAAAAACCGAGCAUUAAAGCAGGA